UCCCAGUCCUUCUCACAAGGCGCUCUUUAAGCUCCGCUGUUGCCACACAGAGCAGCCAUUCAUCGGCUCUGCAGUCAGCCACACACACUCCCAUGCCGAACCACUGGACAUCUAAAUUGAUAUAGCUGCUGUUUCCGAAAAGGAGGCGACGCGGAACGGAUUUGGACACAUUUACGCAUCAGUAUGGCUUUCCCAGAGAAGAGCCAGCAAUAAUCGUUGGAGGCUGCAAACCUUUAUUUUAGUGAUUUUAUAACACUGAAAAGUUGGGAUACUUUGUAAUAUAUAUAUUUAUAUAUAUAUUAUAGCCUAAUUAUAACUUUGUUAGAAGGUUUUCUGUCAGCUGAAGAAAUUAAAGAAGGAAAAAAAAAAAGAUGUCCGGUGAGGAGCACAGCCUGUCCGAGGCGGAGCUGAGUCCCGGGGGAUCGGACGACGGUCCCUCGCUGUCCCCGGGCCGCGGCGGGCCCCCGGCCGGCCGGGACUCCCCGCUGGGCGGCCAACCGUCCCAGCUCGGCCCGCUCUGCGGGGACGGAGGCGACGAGGACGGGGGCGCAGCCAGAGCCAAGUCGGAGGAGGAGGAGGACGACCGGUUCCCCAUCGGCAUCCGGGAGGCGGUCAGCCAGGUGCUGGACGGCUACGACUGGACGCUGGUGCCCAUGCCGGUGCGCGUCAACAACGGAAACAAGGCGAAGCCGCACGUCAAGAGGCCCAUGAACGCCUUCAUGGUGUGGGCGCAGGCGGCCCGAAGGAAACUGGCCGACCAGUACCCGCACCUGCACAACGCCGAGCUCAGCAAGACCCUCGGAAAACUGUGGAGGCUACUGAACGAGAACGACAAGAGGCCAUUCAUCGAGGAGGCGGAGAGGCUGAGGAAGCAGCACAAGAAGGACUACCCGGAGUACAAGUACCAGCCCCGGAGACGCAAGAACGGCAAACUGAUGACGACGGGGGAGAAUGACAGCCAGGGCGAGGGGGAGGCCAGCCACUCCCAGUCCCACUACAAGACCCUGCACCUGGACCACAACGGUGGGGCCGGGUCCCCGCUGGGGGACCUGCACCACCACCACCACCACCACCACCAUCCUGCAGGUCAGGGUCACAGCCCGCCCACGCCGCCCACCACCCCAAAGACGGAGCUCCAGUCUGGGAAGCUGUCAGACGCCAAGAGGGAUGGGGGUGUAGGAGUGGCGGGAGGGUCAGGGGGGUCCCGGGGAGCCCUCGGGGUGGGAGCCGACGGGCCGUCGGGUGGCCCCUCGUCAUCGGGCGCCAAACCCCACCUGGACUUCGGCACCAUGGACAUCGGCGAGAUCAGCCACGAGGUAAUGUCCAACAUCGAGCCGUUCGACGUCAACGAGUUCGACCAGUACCUCCCCCCGAACGGCCACCCCCAGAGUGCCGGCGGGGCCCCCACGGCCAGCCCGUCCGCCUCCUCCUACGCCUACGCCCUGGCGGCGGCCAGCGGCCACUCGGCCUGGCUCAGCAAGCAGCAGCAGCAGCAGCAGCAGCCGCAGGCCUCGCCGUCCUCCUCCGACCCCUCCAAGGCUCAGAUCAAGAGCGAGUCGGCGUCCGGCGGCCACUACGCCGAGGCUUCCUCCUCGCCCUCCUCGGGGGCCCACGUCACCUACACCCCGCUCAGCCUGCCCCACUACGGCUCGGCGUUCCCCUCGCUGGCCUCCAGGGCUCAGUUCGAGUACGGCGAGCACCAGGCCCCCGGGGCGUACUACGCCCACUCCAGCCAAGCCCCGGGGCUGUACUCAGCCUUCUCCUACAUGGGCCCUACACAGAGGCCUCUGUACACCACCAUCGGAGACCCCUCCAGCGUGGCCCCCUCCCACAGCCCCACACACUGGGAGCAGCCUGUUUACACCACACUCACAAGACCUUGAGGCCGACCAUCUGAGCAGAGGGAAAUAUGGGAAGUAUGUGAGUGGAUCUCUGUCUGUGAAAAUAUGUGAGAGCGUGUGACUGUGUACAUAUCUGUGCGUAUGUAUGUGUGUGUGUGCGUGUGUGUGUGUGUGUGUGUGUCCGUGCCAUAUUAGAGGUUUUUACUUUUUUUAGCCAAUAUAAAGCAGGAUGCAUCAACAGGACCUAACACGAUUAUCAAACAGCCACAGAAACAACAACAAAAAGUGUGAAUCACGGCGGCCAGCAGCCAAUCAGAACCAUGAAACUCCUAACAAACGUGUGCCAUGGUGAAACCCACGAGUCGGGAUGUUUGUACAGUACGACGUUGAGUGAAAGAGACACUGGGAACGAGCCAACGACAGGCUGACGGGCGAGCCAACGGAGAUGGACUCAGACUGACGUAAUCAGAUUUUAUUAACCAAACUAAAGGAUUUUGUGCUAUUUUAUAUGAGUAGUAAAUUUAACGUCAUUGUUGAUGUCCUGGGGAGGGGGGGGGGGGGACUUUAUUGUGACUGGAUUGGAUACACACAUACAUCUGCACCACUGCUUUUGGGAAUUAAAAAGCAUGUUUUGCUUCAUUUCAGAUGUCACCCGGGUUUUUUUUUCUUUUCAUGGCCAGAAAACAAUAGCUGCAACUUUGUUUUUCCUCUUUCUUUUCUGUAGAUAGCUGUUUUCUUUGUCCUUCCUUUACUUCACUGAGCUAAACAAUUAAGCAUUUAAGGGGAAAAAUAGGAAAAAGAGAGGGAAAGAGAGCUCGUAAAGAUGUACUUUAACCUGUCACUGAGUCUUGGAUGUUUACCUCAACCUUUAUCUGUUUUGUUGUCCCUGACAAAAGGAGAAGUACGAUCCCGGAUUCCUGAUCAGAAAAAUGUGGAUUUUAAGCGCAAGAAAAACCUCCACUUUAGUUUUUUUUUCUUUUUUUUUUGCUUCUAAAUGCGGAAAAGUUCCCUGAUUUACUUUUGAUUCAUCCAGUAAGUGAGUUAAAAUCUAUAAGUGCAAAGUCUCAACCAAAUCUUUCGAGAUAAUUGGCCAGCUCCGGGUUCUACUUAAGGAUUAGAAUCACAUGUACAAAUGCUCCACAUGUGGGCCAAGACCGAGCCUUCACCUUUACAGUUUCCUCGGACGUCGCGCUCAAGCAUCACUCUCCCUUUUUUUAUUUUUUUAACGGAUAAAAGUGAAGCUGCAACUUCAUCUUUAUUCCGUCUUAUCAACGCUUUUGCCAUGUAGUUGUUUUUAUGUAUAAGUAAUAACGUUAUUGUGUGUCACAUCUUUGCUUCUUCCAUUUUUUUUGUAUAAUACUGGGUAGUUUUGUAAAAUGUUGCUCUACAGUAUGUUCACUUGAGUAUUUUGCUUCCUUACAAGAAAAGCAAUGUUGAAAUAUUAUUG